AAAGAACUCAAUAGCCACACCAAACUGAAGAUGUUUGAGGAGAAACUUCUUGUGUCUGUCGCUUCGGCCUUCUCUACCCUCGCCAUUGUUGCCUGCCUCGUUGUGGUCCCAUCUCUUUAUGCAACAAUUGAUGAGAUUCACGCUGAGGUUCUCGAUGGAGUUAAUGUGUUCCGUGUUGAGACUGAUUCUGCUUGGACCGAGAUGAUGGACAUCCAAAUUCUUGUCACACCACCAACCAAGCCACGUGUCAACCCAUUCAACUCUGUCUUCCGCCAAAAGCGUCAAACCUUCUCCGGACUUCCAGCUUGGUGCCAAUGCGAGCCAACUAAGCCUACUUGCCCACCAGGACCACCAGGACCACCAGGACCAGCUGGACAACCAGGAACCCCAGGAGCCCCAGGACCAAAGGGACAAGACAGCACCACAACCUUUGCUCCAAUCAACUGCCCAACUGCCCCAUCCGACUGCAUCAAGUGUGCUCCAGGACCAGCCGGACCUGCUGGAUCAGCUGGACCAGCAGGACCAAAGGGACCAGAUGGACGCCCAGGACAGCCAGGAUCUGCUGGACACCCAGGAGCUCCAGGACAACCAGGAUCCAAGGGAAACAAUGGAGCUCCAGGAGCCGCCGGAGGGCCAGGACAGCCAGGACGUCCAGGAAAGGACGGACAACGCGGAAAGGGAUCCGCUGGAGCUCCAGGAGCCCCAGGAAAGGCCGGACCAGCCGGACCAGCCGGAGGACCAGGAAACAACGGAUCCGCUGGAACUCCAGGACCAGCUGGACCAGCUGGAAACCCAGGAACCCCAGGAAACAAGGGAUCCGAUGGACACCCAGGAACUCCAGGAGCCCCAGGAGGACCAGGACACGAUGCCGCCUAUUGUGCCUGUCCACCAAGAUCUGCUGUCUUCGUGGCCCGUCGUCAUUAAAUUUUACUUUUUCAAUAAACUCAUCAGCAUGCAUACAAUCUUUGUUUUUGUUCCUGAAUAACAUUCAACAAGAAAUUUAAUUGUUUUUUGUCAGUCUACUAAAUUGCACUGGACUUUAAAUUCUUAUUGUUUUCUAUACUUAUGAUUUCAAGUGAAAG